AUGUAUUAAAUAUUGGCUACCCUCGACUCGGUUAAUUUCUAGUCACUAAACAUCAAUGUUAUGUCUAAUUUAACCCAAAUUAAAGAACAAAAUGAUAAAUAUACCAUCCCAAGACAUAAUAGUCGGCAAUCCUCAAACAACACACCUGAAGAUUGCUCUACUUAAUCAAAAACUAACAGAUUAAACAGCAGUUUCCAGACUUCUCAUUAAAACUUGGAACUAACAAUUCCAUAUCUAAUUUUGAGAAAUAAUUUUGAAGAGAAGAAGAAAGUAUCAAACGACCAGACUAUUGAAGACUUGUUACUAGAUAAAGUGAUCAGUAAAAAGUAUGUCUGCCCGAUUUCUGGUUAAAGUUUAAAAAUAAAGAUUUCAGAUGUCAAGAUUGUGGCAAAUAUUAUCAAUCCAAGACCCAUUUACAGAAUCAUCGAAAAGUGCACUAAGAUAAGAAACAAUUCAAGUGUGAGUAUAAUGGACUCAAACCUUUUCAAUGUCCAUAUGAGUCAUGCCAAAAGAGAUUUAAUGAAAAAGGGAACCUAAAGACUCAUAUUAGAUCCCAUACUGGACUUCGCCCUUAUGUUUGUAAUGCCUAGGGCUGUGAAUCUGCUUUUAUCACUUAAGGUCACCUGA